CCCGGCCCGGCCUCCCUCCUCCCGCGGCGCUGGGCUACAACUCUCCUGCCCUCCAGCUGUCUGUCUGGGGACUGAGGACAAUGGGGGCUGUAGUUCCAGACUUCUGGGGACUUUUGGGUCCCGCCUGGAGAUCUUUGGGUGCGGGGGCGCUGACUCCCAGCUCGGAGGGGCAGGACCCCGCUGUCCCGCGCUCUGUCCCGGGUCUUCCCAGGGAGGGGCCAGUGGGGCCCCGCUGCCCUCUGUCUGUGCCGCCCACUUGGGUCUGUUUCAAGCCCGUUGGGGAAGGCAGGAGGCCGUUGAUGCCGCCCUUCCUCGCGCCCUGGGGCUGCCCGGGAAGCCCGGCUGGCGUGAGGCCGGCCAAGCUGGGUGGGGAGCUCUGUUCCAAGGACGGCGCCGACCGGGUUGGCUGCUGCCCGGGCAUUGGUGCCCCGGCGGCUCCUGGGGGCGGAUGCCCCACUGGGCUGCGUGGGUCUUUCGUCGAGGCAUCCUAACCCAACAAACCUGUCCCGGCUCUUCUUGCCUUGCAAACAAAAAAAGUAGUGGGUUGGUACUUCCCACCUCCUUUUACGCAACUCCACCUGUAGGUGCAUGGGGUGUGCAAAAUCAAGAAGUGGGGGUGUUUGGGGGGCUCUUUAGGAGCUUGUCUCUGCGCUGAAAGCGGGAAGAGCAACGUGGUUGUCCACAAGCAAUUGCUUUAAACCCCAACUAGCCCCUCUGGGAUAAUCCUUGGGCCUUUUGAUUCGAGGAGGGGGCUCGCCCGGUCCCCUAACAUCCCUCCCCUGGAACCAGUAAAUGUGCUGUGCAGACAGAACCAGUAUUCGUGUGAACCCAGCUGGUGUGGUUAGUUUAUAGGGCUGUGCACGCUUCGGACAGGUUCCUAAGAAGUGCUUCCGGCCUCGUGUCCAGGCUGCACCUCUCUGCUGCUUUAAAGCAGCUCAGCCUUUUGGGGCUUCCACGUGAGCUUGAAAAGAAGGUGCUGCCUAAAGAGUCCCAUUUACUUUAAGGAGUGACUCCUUAAAAAAUCCUGACUUUCCCCCCAGCAUCCUGCAGAAGCCUAAACCAAGGUGGUUUUCUUUAGCAGAGAGAUGCUGUGCUUGCAUUAGGGUCGAAGCAUUUCUUCCCCAUCGUUUCUGAAGCCUGCCCAGUGCAGCUUGAUUAUGACUUGGGGUGCUGUGUGAACCCAGGCAGCCGCGUUCUUUUCUUACAACAAUCUGCUAAGGUAGCCCAGUGUGUGAUUAUCACAGCAUUGCAAGAGGGGAUUAACUUUGAGGAUUAAGACCAGUUCAACCCGGAGCUACAUGUAUUCUCUUCUAUUGGUACUUCUGUUAAAGUUACCUGUGACUCUGACCAACUCUGUAGAAAAAGCGGCCUACCUCACCGUAUUCCAUAUCAUCUUUGUAUUUUUCGUAUGGACAUAUUGGAAGUCUAUAUUUACUCCCCCACAACAACCGGACAAAAAGUUCCACAUGUCCUAUGCUGACAAGGAGCGCUAUGAGAAUGAAGAAAGGCCUGAGGUUCAAAGGCAGAUACUGGCAGAGAUGGCACGGAAGUUGCCGGUUUACACCAGAACAGGGAAUGGAGCCAUUCGAUUCUGUGACAGAUGUCAGCUCAUCAAACCUGACCGUUGUCACCAUUGCUCAGUUUGCGCUAUGUGCGUGUUAAAAAUGGACCAUCAUUGCCCAUGGGUGAACAACUGCAUCGGGUUUUCUAACUACAAGUUCUUCCUACUGUUUUUAGCCUAUUCUCUGUUGUACUGCACUUUUAUCGCAGCAACCGUCUUCAAGUAUUUCAUCAAAUAUUGGACAGCAGAACCAACCAAUGGGCGCUCCAGGUUCCAUGUCCUCUUUCUUCUUUUUGUAGCCAUCAUGUUUUUGGUCAGCCUGUUGUUCCUCUUUGGCUACCACUGCUGGCUCGUCAGUCAAAACAGAUCAACUCUAGAGGCUUUCUCGGCUCCCGUGUUCUCCAGUGGCCCUGACAAAAAUGGCUUCAGCGUCGGCUUUGUCAAAAAUCUCCAGCAGGUCUUUGGGGAGGAAAAGAGGCUCUGGUUGUUCCCAGUGAUGUCCAGCCAAGGGGACGGACACUGCUUCCCCAUCCGAACCCAGAGCGAAGCCCAGAACCCAUUGCUGGCAAACGAGGAGCAGUGGGAGGAAGACGGGACAGAAGAAGGCGGCCAGCACAAUUACCAGCAAGGGACCUCUCUUUCCAUUGAAAUGGAGACGUAGCAGCUUUGAAGAGCUGACGUUGUAGGACUCGCGUGCUCCGCUUCCUCCCUCUCUCAUUAGCUUCCUCUGGUGAUGGGAACUCAGGAGGCAUAAAAGAAAAAGAAGCACUUGGAUCACAAUAAGAAAAGCAACAUUGGAGGCUAAUUCUCGCUUUCUGAAAUGGUUCUGGAGGAGACUGUCCUUGGUGACACUUCCAAGGUUUGCUACAUAUUAUGGAUUUUUUUUUUAAACAUGGCAGCUCUGAAGUGAUUAAGGCUAUUCAUGACCUUCUCUUUUUCUAUAUCUUGCCCAGAAGAAGGGAAAACUGCUUAGUGCAAAUGCAUUUCCAAGUGCCUUAAGGGGCAUUUAGCUAACACCCUGGACUUCGCGUUGUCUCAUUUUGCCAAAUAGGAAGAACAGCUCUAUAAAACGGUGUAGACGGAUGGUUAAGCAGCCUGCUCAAACAAUCCUCUUGUGCAGGAAUCACGGUUGCCAAAUCAGGUCUUACUGUUAGAAAACUGGACGAAUAUGCACUGCUUUUGUAGCCAUAUAAAACCUCCAACACCCCAGGCCCUAAAUGUACUCAUUGUCAACUCUGAUUUUGCUGAAACCUCUGGCUCUUUUGGUUUACAAAUGCACCCUUUUUGAUGUAAGCACAGUCCUUGUUGCGGGUGCCUGCAAUUGUCUGAAAUCCAUUCAGAACAGCUUCACAUACUGGACUAGUUUCUGCUGUGAAAAACUAGUCUUUGACUUGCACAACAGUGCCCCUGUAUUGUACCUGUCCAUGGAGGCUCACACAACGAUGUGCUUCUCUAAACAGAACGUAUUCUGCCACAAAAAAAAGCAGCCUGCCAUGUGGGAAAGUCCUAGCACGUGGUUUUCUAUGCAGAUGAAGCCUUGCUCAGAGCCAGGCCAGCAUCACUUGUUAUGGGUUUUAAACACUUUGCAUAAUCAGAUCAGGAAUAAGAUUUGUGUCUCCCUAUCAUUAAUCUUUUCCAAAUGUUUAAAAGAGACCUAUGGAUAGAGAAGGCCAAAAGGUAGGGCUUCCCCCCACCCCUUUAAGACUCGAUCUCAAAUGUUGGUAUUGCAAGGUUUUGAUCCAAAGGUACAACCAAGUAAGAUCCCCCCCCCCCGCAAGAGAUUUCCUCACUGUUGUUCUCAUCUUUUUUUUAUCUUCUGUCUUCAGAACCUUGUAGGAAAAACAGCCCAGUGUCCUAACAGGAGCUCACUGAAAGUAUAUUUUAGACACUAAAAUAUACUUGUAUGACACUUUGUAUGACAUGUUCAGUAGGAUCAGGGACAUGGCAGUGGUGUAGCAAAAUCCCAGGGUUUGGAGCUAAAUUAACUUCCCCCAGUCCCAAGAUGGAUCCACCAAGCCAGGCAACUCCAUCUUUCUGCUGUGUUACUUUUUACCUCUCUACCCACCUCCUGCAGCCACACAAGCAGAUGGAAGAUUCAGAAAUGGUUGAGAGGAUACAUAAGCCUAUUCCAGUACUGUCUGUGGUAGUGCCUAUCCCACUGGGGCCACCAGAUUUUUUUUUCAGAAGACUUUUAAAAAAAUCAGCAAUGAGAAGUGACAGCCCACCGUAUCUAUGUGGCUGGGAGUCCAUCAAAGAUUGCUGGCCCUUUUUGACCAGGACAUUUGUGGUCCUGUUCUGCCACCAGGACAGGGUGUUUUGCCUGUGAUGUAUCUUUUGCUACAGUUUCAUAGCUGGGAUUCCUUUGCGCAGAUGCACCCUUUGCUGAUUCUCUUGGGGAGGCCUCCCAGGCACGUUACAUUCAGCCUCCAGAAUUGUUUAGGCUAAGUUAGGAAACUUUACUACACUACUUUUUCUCGACGUACUAAUGCAUCAACCUGAGAAACUGAAGCAGACACAAAUCGUAUGGCAAAUAAUGAAGCUUUGUUAAUUUCAGUAGAACCAGUUUAAGCUUCUUUCUGUUGAUUAUAUUAGCCCUUUGUAUUGGCUCUGUGCUAUACAUUUAAAGCAAAAUAGACAUUUGCAUGGGUCCACAUUUAACACUGGUAUUCUUCCCCAGUUAGACUUCGCAACAGUGGUGUCAAACAAUUGCAAUUUGUUUCCCUUUCUUAAAAGACUUUUUUUUCUCCUUUUCAUUGAUCAGAGCAAUUAAAUGUUAACAUUUGAUUAACAAAUUAACAAAUGCAGCCCUACUCCAGCAUUUCAAAAAGAUAGAUAAUCCACUAAAACACUAGAACAUGUAUUCGGAGGACUAUUUUUAAUUAUGUGUCUCCAACUUCAUGGAGCUACAUGAUAGGAGACCAGCAUCUCAGCUGCUACUGAACGUUUCUCAGGUUCACUUUUUCAGCACUGUGGAGGAAGAGAAAAGCUUGUGUGGCUUCAUUGAUCUCUUAUUGGAAGGUGAGGUCCAGAAUUUGGGGAUCUAGCAGGGGGUGACUGAGUAAGGCGUGCCUUAGAAAAACUCCAAACCUGUGUCUGAUCAGAAUGAGUCUUACUGGGUCUCCUGAACAGAAGGAAUAGUCUGCUCAACUACCUUUUCAGUUACAGGUGCUUCUUCUUGCCCCCAAUUUUCUUCUGUGUUUUUAGACAUUCUUUGAUUAGGGACAUGAUGAGGACCCAAUAGCCAGAACCAGGGGCAAAAGACAUUCAUGCACAAGCAUUCACCCCUCUCAGAGAGAGAGAGGGAGAGGGAAUUGAAGAUCAGGGCCCCUCCAGCUCAUUCUGGGCCUUGGAAUUAGUUCCAAAUGGACCAUUGGCUAGUAGCAGCUAUAGCUGUAAGCCCUCCUGUUACCAAGGCAGACAAGAUGUUCAGGCACUUUUCUGCUUAACAGUUAUGUGAGGAAAAAGUCUGCUACCAUUUUGGGGCAUCUUUAGCCAUUAUUAAAAAGCUGUGAGGGGCACUAAAGAGAAGAUGACAGUUUGUCCACAGAAGGGACUUUGAGCUUUAGUUUGAACACACUUUUUAAUCUACCAUUCUGAUUAUGGUCCCCAGAAACCAUGUCAUCAUUUGCUUCCAGGAAACUACUUUCCACUAAUACUUGCAUUAACCAACAUUGCUGCCUGGUUCUACAUAAAAGAGUUUUACUUCUGUUCAAGGGCACGUGCAUGCAACUGUUUUGUGUUGGGAAAAGGGCAGGCAGCUUCCUAGAGUCAGUUGGCUUGAUCCAGGCCUGCUUAGAAUUUCCUGAACUCAGACCAUUCCUGAUGAUUUCCAAAGCUUUCCUCACCUCAACAGCCUAAGUACAAAGUCCACUUGGUGUUCUUACUGCUGAACUAUUGGGCGUAAGAAACCUUUGUACGGCUAUUGUGACUCACCCAAUCUAGAUUCUGCCCAAGCUGUUCUGUGCAGGGAAGACCUGCAGGAAACUCCAGUUGCUCUUACCACAUCUCUUAGUAGCCUCUCUCAAACUGUUUCCCCCAACUGUCAUUCCUAUUACUCUGCCAGCUUCCUUGGGAGCUGGGCAGCUGUUGAGCUCCAAACAGCACAAAUGGAACACAUGUUAAUUAUAUUUUUAAACAAUUUUGGGAUGGGGGAGGGCUGCUUAAUUUUAUAAAUUGACUAAAUAAAAUUAUAUAUGAUAAGGUAACCAAAAAUAAUUAAAUUAUCUUUAGAAAUAUCUUACCAACAGGCUUGUGGCAAGCGAAUAGAUUUGUUAAAUCAGGUUAGAAAGACGUCAGCCCAGAGGAUUCCUCAGAAUCAAAUCCCUCCUAAUGGAUAUACCUGCAAAGCAUAAUGUAAAAGGAGCGCAACAAGUUAUGGGAGGAUUUUUUGCCUGUGUGGAUUAAAGAGAUCCAGCGUCAUCUACUAAUACUACUAGAUCUGUGUGCAUUUGGUUACUGAAUUAACCCGCCUUCUUGGCUGCACAAUUCAUCGAACCCCUAACGAUCAGAUGGGGUAGAUUUGCAUAACAGGUUGAAAAACCUACACAAGGGUAAAACUAACAAAACAUCUUGUACGAAUGGAGCUGCUAAAUCUUUAACCGGCCCGCUUAAGCUUAUUAUGCAAAUACAGCGGAAACAUAUGGAGAACCAACUCUUCUGGCCUUCCCCCAGCCUAGCACCCUCAACGGCAGGGGUUGCUUCCCUCGUGCCUGGUGCGCUGGCUCCCAGAUUGGGAAAGGCGGUUGUAGAAUGAAAGCACCUUUUCAGUUCAUUGGGAUGAAAGGAGGUUUGUUGGAACACUUUGCACCAGUAUUGCCACUUCCAGUCAUCAUCUGGUUGCUGCGUUUCAUUCUGGUUUUCAUAGAUUGACAUAAUAUGAGGACACAGGAUAUGAAGACACCCCAGACCCAAAACAAUUGAGCAAAUGUUCUGAACAGCUGACAGUAUUUUCUUCUCAUUUUAGUUAGGAAUAAUACUUUAUUAAACUGGUAUGCUGCCUGCCUGUCAACGACUUUGGGCGGUUCACAACAAUCUGCCUGUUAAAAGAGGAUGCAGGCCGAAAGACCCACGGCAGUGCUGUGUGUGGAAAUACUGUAACCUAGAAUACUCUAGUUAGCCUCUUUUCCUCUGCGAUUUCCCAGGACCAGCUGAAAUCCAGAAGCAGGGAGGAAGAGUAGUAAUAGACCACUUGCAAGCACAUCCUUUGAGUAUUUUAUGCACAUCAGGAACAAAUUAUAAAGAUCUUUAAUGGCUGCUUAAGGAAUCUGAUGGUUUCCAAUAGCACUUGAAUUAUGAUCCAAAUUGUAAUAUUUAUCUCUAGAUUCCUAUUAUGUUUAACUAUUAAAUAGUUUUGUAGUUGCAACCAACAAGGGUACAGCUUUCAUAUAAUAUUUAAGCCAUUUUCACAAGUCAGUAUCUUCAUGGAUGUGCAAAAUACGACGUUUUCGCUAAUCUAAAUGUAACCUAGGAUUCCUAAUUGAUUGUGAGAGGCAUCUUCUUCCCUGUAUCAGGACUCCUUUGUGGCAAAUCUUGCCUUGUGCUGCAAAACAAACAUUUGCAUGCUGGAACUGUAAAGCUUGCACUUUGUCUAGCAUUAUUUGUGGAACCAGUUGGCAUUGUUUGUACGUGGAACUUUUCCACGCUGGAACGUUCCAGUUCCAGAAACGUUUAUAAGGCUUCCAUUGUUCCACUUAAGACCAUAUUCCUGGGCAUCAAAUAUACCCCUGAGAAGAUGGCACAGUAGAGGGUGGUCAUCAAAACCCUGCCCUGAGGAGCAGUACGGAUCAUCUUUGCAAACACUAUGCAUCCCAUUCUCAUUUGCUGCUAAAAAACUGAAAGCAUCACGUUGAUGUCUGCAAAGGACAGUGGCAAUGUAAAGUUAGGUAGGAAAUCACUGUUUAAAAAUUUGGCCUUCUGUACCUGUAUUACAGCUUAAUUUUGGAGAUAAUCAGAAUUGUUGAACAAUGUAGUUGUUGCAUGCCGGUAUACUGUAAGAUUCAGCUUGCAUGAUGUAACAAAUGUUUAUUUGGCCUUAGCCUAUAACUGUUACUCUUGUAAGAUGUGGUGCACAGCUGAAAGCACAAUUUACUAUACUUGCUACAGUGCAGGACCAUGAUGUAUCUACAAUGACAAUUUGAAUGUGUCAUACCAUUCCCUUCUCCCCACUUGGGUGGGAAAAGUAUAAUAGGUAGGAAUGUACAGAAUCCUGUUACCCCUUUCUCAGCUUUUCUGAUGACCUAGUAUAGCUGCACUCCCCCAUCCAUCCAUGAACCAUCAACAGUUAAAACAGAGCUUUACAGAACAGGAACGGGAGUGCCCCAGAAGCUGCUUUAGCUACACGGGGCACAUUUCUUGAAACCCCUGCCUUGUGAUACUACACCAAUACAAACAAAAGAGCUUUGGUGUUUUGCCAGUCACGCUGCUUGCUUCCCACCACAAUUUGUUUCAUUAUCAGGACCUACUUGAAAACAUUGAUAAAGGUGCAUGAACGUAUUACGACAAAGGCAGUUUUGGUGGUCAUGGCUGAUGGAGGAAUAGAGCAGAUUUUACCUUUGUGGAAUUUUUAAAAUUGAUUUGUGUUUUCUAGCAGCAGAGUCAUAAGUGUAGAGAGACUCCCUCAAGUCUCUUGUUGGUUUAAAAAGAAAAAAAAUUGAGGCAGAGGAUUCACUCCAAGAUACUAGCUAUUUCUCAGAAAUAUUGUCCACUUAAUACAUUGUAGUUAGAUUUCAGUUCUUCCUCUGAGCUUUUAAGAGCAUUUUAAAGAAGAAAAUAGUAACUUCCUAUGGGAGGGAGGGAAGAUGACUCAGUGAAAGAUUACAUAUAGAUUAGUAAACAAUGGAAGAAUACUCUCAGAAGUUUUCAUAAGCUACCAGCAGCUAACGAUUUGACUGCACUUUUGCAAAUACUUUGCCAAGUUUUUUUUUUUAAUCAUCAAAGCAUUUUGUAUAAUAGCAUUAACAUUUAGUUUCGAUAAAUUGCUGAUUAAUAGUCUAGGAUGUGGCAGCAAAUUGCAUGGCCCUUCAUUCUAUACAUUUAAAUAUUUUGUUCACAAUCUGUAAUAAUUCCUUGCUGUUUUUUUGUGCUAAUGUGUAAUCAAGGCACAAUUGUUUCAUUGAUUAUAUGUCAAAGAGUGGAUUUCCCCAUUUGAUUUUAUAAUCAGAAACAUAUGAAAUGGAUUGCUUAAGUAUAGUGGAACGUAAUCAUUCCUAAGGUUUCUCAGAAUCUCCUUUGGUUGUAUCAUAUUCUGCUUUUUUAUCAUGUUGUCUCCUGAAUGUUGAACUGUUACAUUCUCUCAGGUUCAUUAACUGAAAAAAUGUAUGUUCAUGCUUGUGUAGCAGUUAAAGCAUGGAAAUAUUUUACAAUAAAAAUGUUUUGUAGAAUCACAUUGAAGUAUUUAAAUAUCUGUUACAACUUAUUGUGUAAUGCCACAUUUUUAAAAAUUCAAAUACCAAGUUUCAAAAACGUAGAGCAUUUCCAUAAUGCCACUUUCUGUACCUUCAGCAGGGCUGCAAAUUAAUGGAGGACUUAUGCUUUUCUUAUGUAAAGAGGUGUUUACAUCAGUAAUGGGUGUGCCUACUUGAGAACCACUGAUAUUUAUCAGUAGCUGUCCUGAACUUUAAAUCACAGAACAACAUUAGGGCACUACCAGGGUGGAUUAAUUUGUCUUGUUUUGCAUGAUGUAAUCUGCCAUUUUUAUGAUUUAGCUUAUUUUUAGUCAGGUUCUACUAGUCACAAGGACAAAGAGCCCAGUUUCCAGUUAGUGGACAUCUUAUUCAACCAUCUCCAAGUUUUAAGGUUUUAGGAGCCAGCAAUGUCCCAUAUACUUAAAACAUAUCUUCAGUAAGAAUUAGGAACUUGCUGUUAAAGAAAUGACAAUAAAUAUCCUUAGGUCUGAUUAUGGACAGAAAACUCAAGGUUAACAGAGCUAGAAUAUUACUGUUUUUUUUUUUUCUUCAAAACAUGCAAACGAUUUGUGGUUCUCAGGUACCAGCUGAUUAACAACAGACAGCAAUCAGGAGACAUUUACUGAUAUCAUAGCCAAGCUAAAAAUAUUGUCCAGGCAGUGACCUAUAAUGCCUGUUUUCAAUAUACAUCAAUGAUCUUUCUGAAAUAAACAGUUUGCUUUAAAAUUGUGUACAAGUUACCUGUAAUGAAAUGCAAUGUUAGUUUUGUCCUUAAUUGUUCCCAUUUGUAUUAAUUUAAAAAUCAGUAAAAAUUACUAUUUUUCAAACGCAAACAAACUGACCCGUGCUGUAAAAAUCUGGAUGAUCACAAGAUGGCAGCAAAGACUAGGGGGUUUCUGUAUCUCUUUGCCUCCAUCUGGUGGUCAUUCAGAAUUCUGCAGCCCAGAUCUGAUGGCCAUGCAUGGCCUCAUCUGCUGACUCAUAUAUUCAUAUGUGGGCAAGUGUGAACAGUGUAAUAUUUUGUACACACCAUCCUUUGAAUUCUGCCUGCAUUUUGUUUACACAUCUUUAUUAUCGUCUCA